AUGGGUGUUGCCGGGCUGGCUAGGCGUCUCGAGCCGUAUGCGAGCCGGUAUUCACUUCAGGAAGUGGAGGGAUACUCGGCGAUACUCGACGGGCCAGCACUGGCCUACUAUGCUCAUAAACUCGCCCUCGUUGCCUCAGCCGGUCAGACCAGGAUCCCAUCCUAUGCGGAUAUCAUUACGGCAGCCUUUCGCUGGUUAAACUCAUUGGAGGAUAUGAACAUUAAGGUGUCAAAAAUACUGUUCGAUGGAGCCCUUCCACAAUCAAAGCGAGGCGAGAGGCUCUCAAGACUCGAGCAGAACAACAAGCGAGUCCAGCAGCUACGCGCCAGCUACCCAACCGAAGCAUGCCCGAUACCAACGUACUUAGGCUCCAAUGCAUUUGCUUUCCUUGCUCCAGCAUUAAGAGAAGCCCUAGUAAAGUCACCUUUCGCCUCUAGAACACACAUCGUACCUGGAGAAGCUGACGACUGGUGUGCGUUGUACGCGAAAAAUGAUGGACAUUGUCUCAUUUUCACAAGCGACACCGAUCUCAUUCUUUACGACUAUCCUCCAGAGACGCUGAUCGUUUUUCCGCAAGACGCUGAUCUAUCGGCGGGCAUCAGGGCAUACUCGCCGGAGCAAAUACGACAGAAACUGCAAUUGAAGAGCUUAGUCCCAUUUGCGUUCUCCAUAUCCCAAGGACCAUCUGAUCUCGCGAGCGAUAUACUUCGCAAAUCGCAAGCCUUAGAUCUAGCGUCUAACGACUACCUAGCUUUCAGUACGCGUUACACUGCCGAAGCUGCUGCGCCAGCUUACCUCUCCCAAACCAGAGCUAGAUCAUUCAACCUACAAGGCCUAGACGUUCGAGUGUCUGAGUUCGUGCAUCAAGCUUUGGACGGCUCUAUACUACCCCUUGUAUAUCUCCCACUACUGGUUGAAGACCCUAAUCAGGCAUCUGCAUGGAAUAUGGGACAAAACAUUCGCAUCUUAGCCUACUCGCUUCUGGCGCCUCAAAAUGCGGUUGUUCACGAGUACAAACGGAAAGCGCAAGGUAUCUCAGUGCACGAGAUCAAGAUGUAUUGCACCUCGAACAUGCAAGUACUAGCCGUUGACCUAGAGCAACAGGUCAGCGCUCUGGCGAAGUGGGCUUCGUCAAAAGCGGUCGAAGCGAAUCUGCUCUGGCCGUUAUUCUCUCUGAGCCUUGUACUCGCCGAUCUAAACACCGCACCCUCGGUGGCUCUGGUUCUACGCGUCCUCAAUGGAGAAUUCGACAACACGUGGGCAUUUAUACAGCUCAUGGCUCGCAUCCAAGCCGUUCUUUACUCAUUACGCAUGCUCAAACAAAUCGUCGGGGCAUGUCUUAAAUUUACCGAGGAGAACGACGCUAAGCUCCAUGGUUGCUUGUCUAGCAUAGAUGAGCGCAUGAAUAAAUUCCCGUCGAUAAGCAACAUGUUCUCUGUUCCAGGCCAGAGGGGAAAGACAUUAGUAGGGCAUGAAAAGCUGAAAGACCUGGUCGAGGAAAUCUAUGCAUCAGCUGGUGUAGAAUUACCUACUCAGCAGGUAUCGAAUAAGGUGAAGAAGCGACAGGCGAGGGAGGCAGAGAGGAAGAAGCGGAAGGCAGAGCAGAGGCAUAAUCCAAAAUCGCAAAUCCCGAAUGGUUUUAUGCCACUUCCGACAGAUUAG